UCAUUUCCAAGCAAAGCACCAAAAAGGGCUACCCUUUGAUCAAAAGGAAAGAGAACCAUUACGUAUAUACGAGACCGCCCCAUUCCUCUUCUCUUUCUCCAUCUCGAACCCCAAGCCUAACCCUAACUCCUUCACGAAGACGAGAUCGUGGCCUCUGCAUGGGCGGCGGAGCUCUCUAGGGAAUCGGCGGCGGCGGAGGCGAGAGUAGGGUUCGGCUCCGGCGACUACGAGGCGGCGGCGGCGGCGGAGGAGGAGGAGAGGCGGCGGACGCGGGGAUCCUCGGCACCACCAUGUCUGCCCUAGUUUGUGGGAAGAGGUCGUCUUCUUCUUCGUCCAUCUUCGAGGAGCUCCUCCACGCCCCUCUCCCGUCCUCUAAGAGGCCGCGCCGCUCCGCCUCCGCCGUCGCCGCCGCCUCCGCCGUCGCCGCCGCCGCCGCCGGAGGCGGCGCCCCAUCACCCACCGCCGCCCUCCGCCUCUCCCCGGGCCGGCCCUCCGAUCGGUGCGGCGGCAAUUUGGCUCAUCUCAGGGCGCUCUUCCCAGAAAUGGACCAGCAGUUUCUGGAAAGAGCCCUUGAAGCAUCUGGAAAUGAUUUGGAUUCUACAAUAAAGAGUUUGAACAAUCUGCAUUUGGAGUCUGCUGAAACUAACUUAUCUUCUGCUUUUAUUGAAUCUGGAAGUGGAAUAUCACCGAAUAUUCAGCUAGUAACUGAAGCAGAUGGUGUGAAUAAUGGUGGGGCGGAGGCAGUUGCUGAGAAUCCACCGGCUGUAGAAAAUCUUCCAACAGAUGGGUCUGGAUGGGUUGAGUUGUUUGUGAGUGAAAUGAUGAACGCAUCUAACAUGGAUGAUGCAAGGGCUCGUGCCUCAAGAACACUGGAGGUCUUGGAGAGGUCCAUUAUUACGCGCGCUGGUGCUGAAGCCCUGGAGAGUUUUCAUAAGGAAAAUUUGUUGCUGAAGGAACAUGCGGAAGCCAUGCUUCGAGAGAAUACUGUUCUGAAAAGAGCGGUGGCGAUCCAACAUGAGCGCCAAAAGGAGUAUGAUCAGAUGAAUCAAGAGCUGCAGCAUUUGAAGCAGUUGGUGUCUCAGUACCAGGAGCAAGUCAAAACCCUAGAGAUCAACAACUAUGCGCUGAGUAUGCACCUCAGACAGGCUCAGCAGAGCGGCUCAAUUCCCGGGCGAUUCCAUCCUGAUGUCUUCUAGAAUAAUCGAGGAGAAUACCUAUAAUCUCUCUCUCUCUCUCCUGAAUUAUAGUUAUUUGUAGGUUUCUGUUGUUCUUCCUGUGGAGAAUGAUGAACUGGGACAGCUUGUUGUGCAUAGUUUUGGUAAAUUCAGCACCUUUAGAACAAAAGCUGCAUCUUAUUACUAUCCUAUCUAUUCACAGUGUUUUAAACUUGUAAAAGUUAUGUUGUGUGUUUCAAUAGAUUAUCAUAAAACGCUGGAAAAUCAUGUGAAAGCUAUCUAUGCUCGUUUUGGAAUUGGUUCA